AUGGGCUUUUACACUGACGGACUCAUUGCCAAUGAAAUAAAAUUGGACCUUAUUCCAUUGAAAGAAGAUUAUAUCUUUGAAAAAAUGAAACAAAAAUGUCGAACCAAAUGUGAAAGAGUAGACUUUAUGCUUGAAGGGGGAAUUUGUACCGGUGAAGUCACUGAAAUUUUUGGUGAAUCCGGGGUGGGCAAAACUCAGAUUUGUUUGCAGAUGCUGUUGAUGUGUCUUUUGUAUCCGGGGGAUGGUGGUCUCUAUGGAUCAUCGAUAUACAUACAAGCAUGUCCGGUUUUCCCGGCUCAACGACUACACAGUCUUAGUGUGCAUUUGUGUCCUUCCCAAAAUAUUGAUGAAAACCUACUUAGCUUAGUACACGUUAAAAAAAUUGAUAAUGUUGACCAGAUAUUUCUAGUUCUUAACCAAGUGGAGUUGAUGGUGAUUAACUCCCAUGAAGGAUGUAGGAACACAAAGGUUGUUGUUCUUUAUUCAAUAGCGUAUUUGUUUAGGCAUGAGCACGACAACACAUAUUAUGGCUUUAUGGAGCGUAAACGAAUGUUACAGGCUGUAGCACGGAAAAUUAAAGAAAUAGCAAGUAAGUAUAAUCUUGUGUUUAUAGUGGUUAACGAGGCUAUUGAUGUAUUUGACAACAACGGUAGCCGGGAAGCCCUAAGCACGUACAGUUCGGGGGGAGAAAUAAAGGCAUCGCUUGGCAGUUCGUGGGAAAGUUUGAUUCGGAACAAAAUGUUUAUUUCCCACCAGUAUGACAUUAACACAAAAUCAUGGUAUCGAGAAUUGACGGUGUUAAAGAGUACAAACAUGUCACUAUAA